AUGACAGUCUUCAUCGCUUCACUAUUUUUGCCCAAGACGGUCCAUUUCAGGCUUCCGGGCACCCCGUCGAAGAGUGCACCGCCGCCAGCGCUUGACAAGGAUCGGGCGAAAGGCGAUAUCCAGGCCGGCGGGCUGAAGUCGCCAUCGCACUUGAAACAGCCCAGCCUUUUCAAGGACAUCACGCCCCCUGAGACUCCGAUCGAAGAACGUCCGGCUCCCGAAGACAUCUUUAGCAACGAGGAUGGCCUCGCUGUGCCCCAAUUCCCCGCGCCUACCGAUGCUGGGAAGCAGCGCGCCCCCGCGGACCGCGGAUCCCCGACAUGGGGCGCCCGUCGCGACCAACCCAUGUCGCGGGCCAACUCCCCGCCCCCGUCAUCGCUCCUCAACCACAACAAGACGCUAGCGAUCAAAGCGCGCGAGCUGGGUCGCAUGGGCGUCAAGCAGCCGCUGUCUCUGACCCGAAGCGAUAGCCACGAUCGGGUCUUUGCGCAGGCCGACUACACCAUAGUGAACGCGGACCAGGGCAACGGUGGCCUGCGGAAUGCCGCCGAGGCCGCUGCGAGGGAGGGCAAGCUCGGUGAUCACACUUAUGUUGGCACCCUGGGCAUGCCGACGGACGCGCUCGACGGCACGCAGCAGAAGCAGGACAUUGAGGAUAGGCUUGCCACGGAGCACGACUGCCUCACUGUGUGGUGCUCGGAUAAAGACUUUGACGGCCACUACUCGCACUUUUGCAAGCAGAUCCUGUGGCCAGUGUUCCACUACCAGAUCCCCGACAACCCCAAGAGCAAGGCGUACGAGGACCACUCGUGGAAGUACUACGUCAACGUGAACCAGGCUGUGGCCGACAAGAUUGUCAAGAACUGGAAGCGAGGCGAUGUCAUUUGGGUCCAUGACUAUCAUUUGCUCCUGGUGCCCGGCAUGAUCCGCAAGAAGCUGCCAGAUGCCAAGAUUGGCUUCUUCCUGCAUGUGGCUUUCCCCUCUUCGGAAGUCUUCCGGUGUCUGGCGGUACGCAGGGAACUGCUGGAGGGCAUGCUUGGCGCCAACCUCGUGGGCUUCCAGAUCCACGAGUACACUCGUCACUUCCUGCAAACCUGCAGCCGCAUCCUCUCAGCCGAGGCCACGCCAGAUGGCCUGCAGCUGGAAGACCGCUUUGUGGACGUAAUCAACAUGCCCAUCGGCAUUGACCCCGUUGCGCUGAGCGAGCAUCGCAAGGAGCCACAGGUUCUGGAAUGGGUUAACAAGCUGCGGAAACAAUACGAAGGCAAGCAUCUGAUUGUGGCGCGUGACAAGCUAGACCAUGUGCGCGGCGUCCGGCAGAAGCUUCUAUCCUACGAGCUGUUCCUGAACCAGAACCCCGAAUGGCGCGGCAAGACGAUGCUGAUUCAGGUGGCGUUAUCCACCAGUGAGAAGUCAGAGCUAGAUGCGACAGUUUCUGACAUUGUCACGCGUGUCAACUCGUCAUGGGCGAGCCUGACAUAUCAGCCCGUCACUUACCUGAAGCAAGACAUAGGAUAUGCUCAGUACCUGGCACUGCUUACCAUCGCAGACGCGUUGAUGAUCACCAGCCAACGCGAGGGCAUGAACCUGACCUCGCACGAGUUCCUGGCUUGUCAGGAUGGCAAGAACAGCAAUGACAAGAAGCAUGGGUCGCUGAUCCUGUCCGAGUUCACUGGAACAUCGAGUCUCUUUGGCGGCAACGAGUUGAGCGUCAACCCGUGGGACUAUCGGGCCUGCGCAGACGCCAUCAAGAAGGCGCUGGAGAUGUCGGCCGAGGAGAAGGAGCGCAGGUGGACAAAGUUGUACCAGGCGGUUAGUCACCACACGGGUGCUCACUGGUUCACCGAGUUUAUGCUUCGGUUGGACCGCGUCCACGAGGAGCAGCAUCGCCGCGACCAGACGUCGGUGCCCCGGCUGUCGAUUUCGUCCCUCUCGGCACAGUACAAACGGAGCAACAAGAGGCUGUUCAUCCUCGAUUACGAAGGGACGUUGGUCAGCUGGGGGCCCGUCAAUCAGAUCAUCCCCGUCAGCCCACAGGUACAGAACGCCACCUCUACUAACCCCUUGUCGGCAGGGCAGCAGGGACAGCCAGAAGGGCGGCAGCAUAUUGUCCAUCCUCGGUUGGGCCCACUCACCCUCGCAUGUCCUCACACAAACGUUACUCACCAGCCCCCUACUACAAUCCGAGACGUUGAGUCCAACGUCUUGUCUCCUAUUCGCCCAAGCAGCCCCUAUACCACCACUCUAAACAGAAGUAUGCGCCUAGGUGAUCCGGUUCAGUACACUGACAGCAAUCCUCAGCGCACCCUUGACGUCCUCUCGGACCUCCUCCUCGACGAGCGAAACACUAUCUACGUCAUGUCAGGUCGCCGCCCCGAAGAGCUCGAUCGCCUCUUCCGUGCCCGCAUCCCUAACCUAGGUUUGAUCGCCGAGAAUGGCUGCCUGCUCCGCAAGUGUGGCGCCGACUCGUGGACCGAGAUGGCGGAUCCCGGACACAUCAGGAAUUGGAAGGAGUCGGUAAGGGGUAUUAUGACAUACUUCCUCGAGCGAACCCCUGGAGCCGAGGUCGAAGAGCGCCGAUGCAGCCUGGUCUUCCACUACAAGAGCGCCGAGGACUACGAGGCCGCCGCGCGACAGGCGAGCGACUGCGCGUCGCACAUCAACGAUGCCUGUGAAGCACAGCGGGUCCACGCCGUUGCCCUCGACGGAUGCGUCGUUGUCGAACCUAUCGACUGGACCAAGGGCACUGCGGCAGAGAAGAUCUUUGACGACCUGCGGAGCGGUGAUCUUUCCCCCGACUUUCUGAUGGUCGUGGGUGACGGCCGCGAGGACGAAAAGGUCUUCAAGUGGGCCAACCAGCUUGGCGAGGACGGCACCGUGAAGGAUGUAGUCACCGUCAGCCUUGGUAACCGCAACACAGAGGCGAGGGCCACCUUGACUCAAGGUGUCAGCGGCGUCCUCACUGCGCUUCAGAAGUUGGCUGCGCUCUCGUGA